GCCCUAAACACACACCCUCAUCGACUUCAACUCGAACAAGAACCCCAUUCAACAUGGCCAACCGACCGACUCUCAUCAACCUGCCGCCGCCGCCCUCGGACCCAGCCACGCCUUCAGAAGCUCCCGGAACCCCAAACUCCACGACAACAUCCAUGUCGGAGCUCUCCACCGUCGCCAUCAAGGACGGGCAUCGAGGCCACUUCCCGCACCACCACCAACCCGCCGACGCCGAGCGCGCAGAUCGCAUCUCUCGCCUCGCCGGCCUCGAACGCCUCGUCGCGACCCGAACUCCCUCGAACCUCGGCCCUAGCUCAGGCACAGGCACAGCCAACAACCCUCCCCCAGCGACCGCGUACUUCGAUGCAAACAACCAACCGCAGAUGUUCCGCGAGCGCAGCACCGUCGGCAGCGCCAGCGCCACGGGCAGUGUCGGCGGCCGGACGACGUGGGCCAGCGAAAGCGAUGUCUAUGAUCCGGACCGCAUGAGCGAGGAGCAGGAGACGAGCAGUAUCGGCGGGUUCAGCGACGAGGCUGCUUCGUUGGUUGGGGCGUCCGAGGCGGGGUCCGCGACACCAGCAAGGCAACAGCAGCAGCAGCAGCAGAGCCAGAGUCCGGCUGUGGGCAAGGCGAGCGCCGUGCCGUCGUACUUGAGAGAACAGCAGGCGCAAGGGCAGGGGCAGGCGCAGGGGAGUCCGUCGUCCUUGGGGACUACGACGACGUCAACUACGACGACGAAUUCGAGCGUCGAGCAGCAGAAGUAUGAGGCUAGGAUGCUUGAUGGCUUGACGUACGAUGAGUCGUUUGUCGAUACGGCGGAUCGGACGCCGCCGCUCACGGGUCCGGGACCGGGAGGCGACAAGACGGCCGAGGAGGUCAUUCGGGAGAAGUUGCGCCAGCGGAAGUGGGCGGGCGAGGAGGGGUCGGAGCUGCAGGGCUCCAUGGACGUUGAUAGGGAGAAUUAGAGCGAGGGAUUAUUCGGUCGUGGGUAUGUACGAGAAGCCGGUUUGACAAUGGGUUCGAGUGGAGUCCCGUGUUCAGGUACUUUGCUUUAGGUCUGCGGAGCAGGUGCUAUGAUCUCUAUGCGGAAGGUCGUGAGAUGAGGUGGCUUCUCUGGUAGGAGCCCAUGGAUAUGAUAUGAUGCACUACUGCUGUGGUUUUACGGAAUUCAUGUCCGACCCCAGAUGGGAGGAGAAAUGGUUCCCAGUCCCCACGGUUGACAGAAUGGUUUUCCUUGAUAGACUAGGUUCUAUGUGAAUUAUAGGUAAUAUUCUAGUACAGUUGCAUGGCUCGAUGGCUUUCUCACAUCGUCAUUCCACGUCAGUCCAAGUCAUACUAGAGUUAUCCUGU